UUGGAGCUGUCAGAGCGCGCGAUGACCAUGGAGGCGUCCAGGAGUUUAACAGGAGGAUUUCACUACCAAACUGAAACUGAAAGGACGGGACGCAGGUUUUGGAUUUUGUUUUGUCUUAUUUUUCCUGCUUUGGAGACAGAGGACAGUUUCGCGACUUGAGAGACUAAAAACAAUCAUCAAAGGAAGGAACGUAGAAUCAAUUUUAAAAUCAUGCACUGUUUAUUUCCAUGGAGAGAUGGCAUGCGUGCUCCUCUUCAAUCGGUUGCUUCCCUUCUCACACCGCCUCACAAGAACAUCCUUGUGCUUAUUGUCCCUUUUUCUGUCAUACUUGUGCUAUUGUGCACUAUUCCCAGCCAACACAAUCAUGCAAACGUCAGGUGAUCCGACGCCCAGCUGCCAGCGCGUCCUGGAUCAUGGAGCCAAAAGACGCAUCCAGAAGUCCUGCGUUCUGCAGCCGAGCAGCGCCGACGCGUCCCGGCUGAAAAGCGAUCAAAGACCCUCCACGAACUUCCACACCGACACGCCGAGCCCUCCCAUGAGCAAUUUGAAGUUUGGGAAUAAAAAGUUACCGAAUGCCAUCAUAGUUGGAGUGAAAAAAGGAGGCACGAGAGCUGUUUUAGAGUUUAUCCGGAUUCAUCCGGACGUGCGCGCGGCUGGCACCGAGACGCACUUCUUCGACAGGAACUAUGACAGAGGUCUGGAGUGGUACAGAGGUUUAAUGCCAAGGACGCUUGAAAGCCAAAUCACAAUGGAGAAGACGCCAAGCUACUUUGUGACAAAAGAGACGCCACAUCGUAUCUCUGCUAUGUCCAGAGAAACAAAGCUCAUUGUGGUGGUGCGAGACCCAGUGACCCGUGCAAUAUCGGACUACACUCAAACUUUAUCCAAAACUCCUGACUUGCCCAGCUUCCAGGACCUGGCCUUCAGAAACCAGAGUCUUGGCAUUGUAGACACAACUUGGAAUGCUAUCAGGAUCGGUUUGUACGUUCUACAUCUCGAGAACUGGCUCCGCUACUUCCCUUUGGCUCAGAUCCACUUUGUUAGCGGAGAGCGUCUUAUCACAGAUCCAGCAGGGGAGUUGGCUCGGGUGCAAGAUUUCCUCGGGUUAAAGCGAAUUGUCACGGACAAACACUUCUACUUUAACCGCACCAAGGGCUUCCCUUGCCUUAAGAAGCCUGAAAGCAGCGGCUCGCCUCGCUGCCUGGGAAAGUCAAAGGGCAGAACUCAUGUGCAAAUAGACAGAGACGCUAUAGAGCAACUGAGAGACUUCUAUAGACCUUACAAUGACAAGUUUUAUGAAAUGGUGGGUCAUGAUUUCAAGUGGGAGUAGAGGAGUGUUUUUAAACUGAACAAGAAAGACUGCCAUAUUUCUUUGUCAAAAACCUCCAUAUUAUACUGAAAGGAACAAGAGCAGACAUGUUGCAAUGGCCCAAAAGAUACGCUAUUCAUUCUUAAGUCUCAUGUUUAAGUGAAACAGCCUUUUUUUUUAUGGAGGAAUAGUUUUUGAUGAACAUAUCAUAACUGCUAAGUGGGGCUGUUAGUUAUUUUAGUUGGUUAUGUUCGUGAUACUAGCCAGCUAUGGAUGCAUUUAUAGCACACUGGCUUUGGAGCAGCAGCAUGUAGCCUAGCAGUUGCCGUAACUUUAGCAAAGCUAUCUUUCCAUUAAAUAGCUUUGCUUUUAAAUUUUUUAAUUCAAAUGAAAACCUGUUUCUGUCUAUGGAGAUCUUUGGGCUGUUACAGCAUAUUUUCUCUUGUCAGGCAUCGUAUAAUAUGUCGCUACUGAGAUGGAUAGCUAACAAUCUCCAGACUUUAUGUAAAACUACAGGAGCAGUAUUAUUCUUUGUAAGUGACACUGAUGAACAUAACAUUUAGGAUGACAUUGCUUUUGCACUUGUAAUGAUCAGUUACCAGCUAUCAUCUGCAUCCGGUUUUUGCCAGAUAUAGCCAUCCGUUUUAGCUUUGGGUUUCUGUUCCUGUAACUGUGUUUUAUUGCUUACAACUAUCUCCAUUUGCUGACUGGUUUGUGAAAGGAGGAUAUUCCAGGGAAUGGGAUUAGUUCCUUUUUAAAACCUGCUUUACUAAUCAAGGCAGGGCUUGAAAGCAAGACCUUGGAAAAUGUCAGUGAAGUCUUCAGGGAGGGCAGAAUUAAGCUGCAGCACUAUGGUGGGAAAGCUGAAACGUGAAGCCAUAAUGCAAGUAUGAAGCACCAAAUAUCACUUACUGUUGGUGCAUUGCCAUACUGGGUGUCUUUCUCCUUCUUUCCAGCUUGAAUCCGUUAACGAAAAAGUCAAUAUAUGCUGUAUCAUGCACACCUCACUUUGUGCUCUAUGCUUUAUUUGCUCAAUUCAUGUUUGUAUUUAGUUACGAAAGUAUUUAAUCACUGCCUUAUUCACAAUGUUUGUCCAUGAACAUCAUCGAACAAAACUGGAUCACAGAUGCAAUUUUUUAAUUAUGAAAUCUGUCCCAUCUAAAACAUUGACUUUGAUAGAAUACAUUUCACACAAAAAAACAUAGUUUUUAUCCCUUCUCGCAAACUUUGUUUGAUUCUUAUAAAACAAACCAAAUCAAACAUUAGUCCUUCAAACUGAAAAUCUAUUCAGAUUUAUACAUCUUUGGAAAUGUUUGAUUGUGAUCCCAUACCCCCAUUUGAUCAUAUCUAGUAAAAUGAUGCUUUUCAACAGAUAAGAUCACUUAUAGUUUUUAACAUAUUUUCCCUGUGAUGCCUGUGAAAACAUGUGCUUUGAGGCGGUGUAUUUCAUUCUGUACAGUUUGUUGUGUGCCAUGUGGUGGUAGGUGGAUGGGGGGGGUGUAGGUGUAAAGAAUUUCAAUCACUUUUCAAAGACAAAGCAGGCAACACCUCGUCGUGGCAGGUUAUCAAAUAGAAUCUGGGACUGCAUGUCACAUGAUUGCAGUGAAAAGUUUGGAUUCUGCUACCUGGUAUGAAUACUAAAGCCAGACUGUUUGAGCCUGAGCCAGACUGAUACAAAAACAGAGGGAGAAACUAUCUUGUGAUACAUGAGUUAGGAUUAGGAGGAAAAUCUCAUGAUUUCAAACAGAACAGAGUAAAUCAUUCUGCACCGAAAACGACCAACAUUUCUGAGGUAACACUGGAGAGUUUCACUAAACAGAACUGCUUUAAAGUUGAAUGUCAUCCUGUUGAAUCUGAGUUAUACAUAUAUGUAAGUACAAGGGAAUAAAACAGGGCCCUGAAUGAACAAACAUUAGGUAUUUAUUUAAGAACUCAGUGUUUUAUUAAAACAUGUUAUGAUAAUAAUAACUGGGUCCUCGAGGGGUAGGGAGGCCUUCAGAAGGAUACAAUACCCCCUGAUGGAGUCUAGACAUUGGUGGUGGUGGAAGUAUGACUUUGGAGGAAUUGGUCAUGAACACGGUUGAGAUGGAAUAGAGGUGACUGGGGUGGAGGAGGGUCACAGACUGAGACAACAAACUGACAGCGAAAGAGAGGAGAACAGGUUUUUAAAAUAUGACAGCAGCAGGAUGAUUGGUCGGUAGAGGUCAUGGCAGAAUCUGCUUGAUUCAUUGCUUAAAGAGUAAACACUCCCAAUCAGCUGGUCACCAAAGCAGGGAGACAGAAGGGGUGGAAAGAAUGAAUGUGUGUUCCCGCAGAGCUCCAUUUCAACAAUAGACUGUAGGUUCAAAGUUGUUGGGCUGAAUGAAUAACGUGCUUAAGUACACAGACUUAAUAAAAAAACAAUGGUCAUGUUUACACAGGCUGUAAACUGAUUGGUCAUCUUUAGUUUACUGUAAGGGGUUAAUUAUAUUUUGCAGGCUGUAUACUAAUGCUUUCCUUCUUCUAAUUUAGUUCCACUCUAUUUUUGGAGUUUUCUGGCUGAAUGGUUGACAUCACCAAAAGGUUUUUUAAUUCCCCUUUAGUAACUCACUGUGCAAACUGUCAGAGCUUGAACUGGCUCUUCUUCAUCCAUAUUUCACAGCAAUUACACUUUUAAGAGCAUGUAGACUUUAAGAUAAAGUUUUCUGAAAGAUUUACUCUUGGGCUUUUUGCCUUUAUUUAGACAGGACAUAGAAUAGAGUAUAAGGAAUCAGGAGAGAGAGAGGACAUGCAGGAAAGGAGCUGUGGGUUGGACUUUAACCUGGGCCGGCCGCUUGGAGGACUAUGGACUCUGUACGGGGUGUGACCUUACUACUAGGACAUCAGCACCCCUCGAGAGAUAAAAGUGUCUAGUUUGGCAUUACGACUAAUAUUUCCUCUUUAUACUGCCUCAUAUUAUUUCAUUGUGAAUACACUCCAAGAGCUGUCCAAUAAUGCUUCACUUCCCUUUACGACUUGGGAGUCAUUACACUGUAGUAACGGAGUAAAUAGACUGUAAAAUAGAAUAGAUUCCCCUGUUUGCCAGUUGUUAAUUGUUAUUAAAAGUCUGUUAAAAAGUA